AUGCGGCAAACCCAACAAACGCAACAAACAUUGAUCGCUCCUCGACUUCAGGUAGAUGAUGAGCGCGAAUUGAAGCCUCCGAAGCUCGAUCCGGCUGCAGCUCCAGGUUCAUUUCCACUUGAGAUCCGAGAAUUGGCGUCCCUCGCAUACACUCGACGCGAGGCUUCUACAAUGCGAGCUCCACGACCACUGUUCCAGCUUCGACGACCGAUAGUCCAGAACCUCCGCAGGUUCAGUUCCACGCCACUACGAUCUCAGACCCGGCAAGGCCCAGCUCAACCAGAACGACCGGUCAACUUUUACCGAGUUCAUGGCCGCGCCUUCGCGAAAGUGGUGACCUUGUCGUUCCUGACGUAUCAAAUCACCUACUGGACAUGGCUCUUGUUGGAGACCGAGGCGAUCAAAGACCAGAAAGACCGGGAGAUCAAGUCGCUUGAGCAAGAGGUCAGACUAUUGGAUGAAGGCAGGAAGGGACACAAGCCGGGCGCUGGGUGA